AUGCCCAGCGUCCCCUCUGCGCCCCCUCCGGUGCCCCCCAGCUCGGUGGCGGCCGCCGCGGCAGCCGCGGCCGCGAGUUUGCCGGUGAGCGUGGCCGGCAGCCUCUUGCGGGGCCCCCCGCUGCUGCUGCGGGCGGCCGAGAAGUACCCGCGCACGCCCAAGUGCGCCCGGUGCCGGAACCACGGGGUGGUGUCGGCGCUGAAGGGCCACAAGCGCUACUGCCGCUGGAAGGACUGCAUGUGCGCCAAGUGCACCCUGAUCGCCGAGCGCCAGCGCGUCAUGGCCGCGCAGGUGGCGCUGCGCCGCCAGCAGGCGCAGGAAGAGAACGAGGCCCGCGAGCUCCAGCUGCUCUACGGCACAGCCGAGGGGCUGGCCCUGGCCGCGGCCAACGGCAUCAUCCCGCCCCGGCCAGCCUACGAGGUCUUCGGCUCCGUCUGCAGCGGGGCCAGCGGCGAGGGAGGCGCUGGGGGCUCGGACUCCAAGCUGCAGAAGUUCGACCUGUUCCCCAAGACGCUGCUGCCCAGCCGGGCUGUGACCCCGCAGCAGGCGGGCGGGAAGCCCCUGUCUCCGGACGGGGAGUCGGUGCCGGGCACCUCCUCCCCAGAAGCUCGCCACGGCUCGGGCUCGGAGAACGGGGACGGCGAGUCCUUCCUGAGCUCGCCCGUCUCCAAGGGGCCGAAGGAGGGGGAGGAGAGCCCGGGCUCCAUCAGCCCGCUGGGCUCCGACUCGGGCUCGGAGGCCGAGAAGGACGAGCAGGACCCGUCGCCCUCGGCCGGCGGCCGCCAGCGGACUCCCAUCGACAUCCUGACGCGGGUCUUCCCGGCGCACCGGCGCAGCGUGCUGGAGCUGGUGCUGCAGGGCUGCGGCGGGGACGUGGUGCAGGCCAUCGAGCAGAUCCUCAACAACCGCGGCCCGGACAAGGGGCCCGAGGAGAGCUGGGCCCGGGACGGCGCCCUGCAGUCCAGCCCGGCCGCCGCGGCCGCCGUCGCCGCCCACCACCGGCCCUUGAUCGCCGGCACCAUGAGCCCGGCCAUCGGCACGCUGGGCAGCCGCUCCGCCUUCUCGCCCCUGCAGCCCAACGCCAGCCACUUCGGCGCCGAGGCCAGCGCCUACCCGCUGGGCACCCACCUGGGCCUCAACCCCCUGCGCCUGGCCUACUCGGCGCACAGCCGGGGACUGGCCUUCAUGACCCCCUACUCCACCGCCGGCCUCAUGCCCACGCUGGGCUUCCGGCCGCCCAUGGACUACGCCUUCAGCGACCUCAUGCGGGACCGCUCCGCCGUGCACAAGGAGCAGGUCUACUCCAGCGGCCUCUACGGGCCCAUGGUCAACAACACCCCCGAGAAGCAAUAGACGGAGCCCCUUGCUGGGGAGCAGCCCCCGGCCGGCCGCGGGCACCGCGCUGCCGCCAAGGACACGC